UGCCUUCUUCUGCAAGUCUUACUCCAGCACGAUCUAGCAGUCCUUCAUAAUACAAAAUAUGAUCGCAUUAAAAGCUCAGCUUAAAAGUAAUUUUGUUCUAUCAGUGACGAAGAAGAUGAGACGGAGCACGUAGAGAAAGAGUGGACGCAAAUGAUGUCCCUUGCAAUUGAUUUUGGUACACAAGUAAAGCCGAAGAUGGUCAUGCAGUUUGGAUUUACCGACGAUGGUCACUUGACGUGGCUAAAGUUCGGAAGCAAAGAUGAAAAUGUCGUGUUAGCUCCAUCGCAUUUUCUAGGAUUUCGAAUGAUGCUCUUAAACAUCAUUGGUCCGUCUGCAAUCGCCCUAAACAAUACGCGCGUCUUUGAGAUGAUUGUUAUUGCCUCUGAAGCGUGCAUGCUGAUUACCAAGGGUAUCAUCUUGGUUGCGUUCUUCGGACUGGUCGCAUACAUGAUGGUUUCAGGAGCGCGAAGUGCGUUGCGACAAAGUCGACUAAAAAGUAGGGCAUGCAAAUCAGACGUAUUACCGUAAACUAAGCGCGAAAGGACAAAUAGAGCAUCAACCACGCCUUAUGACGGCUCGCGUCCAGCCGCUUAAUGGUAUCACUGAGCAUUUCCGAAGGAACCAUGGAAAGUGUACUCCAUAAUUGUUUUUGUCGCUGUUCUUCUUGCAAUCACCUCUCAAUCUCACCGCCGCCGUAACGGUGCUUGACGCGAUCGAACAAAAUCUGGCCAAGUACGAGUGAAGUAAGCAGGCCAGCGUCUUCGUCAGUCUCGGCGUCUUGUCCGAACACAACAUACGUA